UCUCGAGUAGUUCGUUUCUCUCAUGUCAAAUUUAUUUACAAUUCUUUUAAUUAAUCGCUUUUAUUGCUUUGGGAAUUCCAUACGAAAAAAAUGUUGCGUCACAUGUAAACAUGUUCGAUUAUAUGUUGCAAAAUUGGAGUUUCUCCUUUGCAAAAAUUCAGGUUCUGUCACUGUCUCUCUCUAAUGGACACCUAGCAGGUGACGAGUGUCCGACAAGGCAAUGUUAAAUAACUUAAUUGUUGUAAAAGCUGUGAUAAAUGUGCUAAUAAUUACUUUGUAACAAUUUCAAGAAAAACGCGUGCCCUUUUUUGUUGUAGUGUAGGUUUUUAACAAUGACAUUUCAGUCGUAUUUACAAACAAUUCAAGGCUACGUGGUCGAAUACAUUGACAUCGAUUACUCCUUAUGGCUGACAUGGUGUUUAGCCCCCUUGCUCAUAUCCUUUCUGCUUCCUAUGGUGAUAGCCCUCCUGCUAUACCUCACCGCUUUUAUAUUAUACAUUUACAAGCUUCACUGGCGGAGCAUUCGGAUGACUUUACAAACGGGAGACAAGUGGGAGACUGCCCGAAGGGCUGCCGCCGCGGUCUGGGAUGCCCACGGAUGGAUCUGGCAUGGGUAUGAAAUCCAAGGUCUCGAAAACAUCCCAGACAACGGCCCCGCGCUAAUAAUUUACUACCAUGGGGCCAUUCCGAUCGACAUUUAUUAUUUCCUCGCAAAGACCCUCUUCUACAAAAACAGACUGGUCCACACCGUUGCCGACUAUUUCCUGUUUAGAAUUCCAGGUUUCAGUAUUAUCGCCGACUGCAUGAAAGUCAUUCCGGGCACGAUCCAGACCUGUUCCAACCUCCUCAAGGAGGGCAACGUCCUCGCGAUCUCCCCCGGGGGAGUUUAUGAGGCCCAGUUCAGCCACCACUACAACCUAAUGUGGAAACGGCGCCUAGGCUUCGCCAAAGUGGCCCUCGAGGCGCAAGUUCCGAUUAUUCCGAUGUUUACAGAGAAUCUUCGCGAGGCCUUUCGGACUUUGAGUAUCGGCCGCAGGAUUUUCCUGCGGUUGUAUGCCAUUUUCAAAUUUCCUUUCGCGCCCAUUUACGGGGGAUUCCCCGUGAAAAUGGUCAGUCAUGUGGGGAAACCCAUAGCCUACGACCCCAACUUGACCCCCGAGGACUUGCAAGCCAAAGUCGCGGCCAGUCUGAACGAGCUCAUCAAGAGGCAUCAGAGGAUACCGGGGAGCAUAUUGUACGGGAUCAUGGACCGAAUACCGUAUUUUAGGGCCAGGAAUUCGAUACAGCAUGAAGAGUGAAGGGACAUUCCGUAGCUUAAUUAUUGUUGGAUUUGUACGUACUUAAAGUUUUAUUUAUUUUUAUGUGAUUGGUGGAUGUACAGUAAUAAGGACGAUAGUACAAAA